GCGCUCCUCGUUUCCUGCCCCCCAGGGCGCUCAGGGCCGGCCUGGGAUCCCUACCGGAGGGCCAGAGCUGUCUGAUGAGAGGCGAUCUGGUGACCAAGAGGGACCCUUGAGCUCCACUCCCAGCCUCCAAGCUGGAUUUGGCUCCUGCUGCAAACAUGGCGGGGACUGACUUGGAAGAGUUAGCAGAGAUCGAAUUACAGAAAGACGAAGAGGAAGCCACCACAUUGGGAGUGCCAAGGAUGUCACUUGUGCCUGCUUCAGCCUGUGAAGACUCAGCCCUGGGCAUGGACCAUCCAUACUAUGAUGUGGCCAGGCAUGGAAUCAUCCAGUUAGCAGGGGAUGACAACUCGGGAAGGCGAGUCAUCACGUUCAGCUGCUGCCGAAUGCCCCCCUCUCACGAGCUCAACCACAGCCGCCUCUUGGGGUACCUGAAAUACACCCUUGACCAGUAUGUGGAGAACGACUAUACCAUCGUCUACUUCCACUAUGGGUUGACGAGCCGAAACAAACCAUCUUUGAGCUGGCUUCAAAGUGCCUACAAAGAAUUUGGCCGGAAGUACAAGAAAAACUUGAAGGCCCUCUAUGUGGUGCAUCCCACCAACUUCAUUAAAAUUCUGUGGACCAUUUUCAAGCCCCUCAUCAGCCACAAGUUUGGGAAAAAGGUGACCUAUUUCAACUACUUAAGCGAGUUAAGAGAGCAUCUCAACUAUGACCAACUGAUGAUUCCUCCUGAGGUUAUUCGACAUGAUGAGAAGUUACAGAACAUGAGACUGGGCCGCCCACCACCCUUGGUGAAGAUGCCGCCACCCCGCCCUCCACUGCCCACCCAACAGUUUGGUGUCAGCCUAAAAUACAUCAGAGACAAAAAUAAAGGUGAACUCAUCCCACCGGUCAUGAAGGAGACAGUGACCUACCUGAAGGCCAAAGGCCUCCACUCCGAGGGCCUUUUCCGACGGUCAGCCAGUGUCCAGACCAUCAAAGAGAUCCAGAGACUGUAUAACCAAGGAAAGGCCGUGAAUUUUGAUGACUACGGCGAUAUCCAUAUCCCAGCGGUCAUCCUGAAGACAUUCCUCCGAGAGCUUCCUCAGCCGCUGCUCACCUUUGAAGCCUAUGAACAGAUCCUGGCAAUCACCAGCGUAGAGAGCAGCCUGCGGGUGACUCGCUGCAAGGAGAUUGUUGGGAGCCUUCCGGAACACAACUAUGCCAUUCUUAAAUACCUUAUGGACUUCCUACACACGGUUUCCCAAGAGUGCAUCUUUAACAAAAUGACAAGCUCCAACCUGGCCUGUGUCUUUGGGCUGAACUUAAUCUGGCCGUCCAGCGGAGCCUCUUCCCUCAAUGCCCUGGUGCCUCUCAACCUGUUCACAGAACUGAUGAUUGAUUUCUAUGACAACAUCUUCAGCUCUCGGGAGGUGCCUUGUGGGAUCUCGCCAUAGGCUGCCUCCGCCAGGAAAUGCUCGGACUCGGUGGUCUCCAAGCUCCCUCCUGACUCCGCCAUUCUGUGGUCUGCACUUGAAAGUUCCCCCCAUCUCUGACAUUCUUUGUUCUACGUCCUGUGUUCUCUCUUCUAAGGGCCCUGCAAGCUCUGACGUUCUGUGCCGUGGGGCCUCCCUCAAUUUUAAUGUUCUAGUGCUCUGUGUUCGGACCUUCCUCUGUAGAACACUGAAUCCUCUCCCAGGUGAAAGAUCAUCAGAGCCUUCUUGAAGCAGGUGGAUUAUCCCAUGCAAAGCUAUUCGCAGCCCACCUAACACUACAAUAUCGGCCAUACUGGAAAUAUCUAUGGGAAGGUUGGGACGUAUUUCCAAACUCGAAAUGUGUUACUUCCUCAUUUUCCCCUGGAAAUGAUUGGUGGACCGUACGAAUGGGUGAACUGUAUGAUUGGGUGAACUGUAUGAAUCGUGCUGGCUUUCUGAAGCCUGUUAGAAAAAAACAAAACAACCACCAAAGAGAUUAAAUGUUUUCAGGACUAGUAUUUGUUCUCUUGGUAAAUUUUCCUAUUUCAUUACCAGAAAAUUCUCCUUGGCUGCCUUGGAAGCUGCUUUGCACUCAGGUUCUACAAUAAAUUUAGUGAUGGGUUGAC